CAGGUUAUGCAAUGUCGCGGUAGGUUAAGCUCGGCUAUUUCGAGUGAGCGAGCUGCUUCCGCAGCAUACAAAAUCCCACCCUGAGCUAAAGCUAGAAUGCUAAUCUUUCGCCAUCUGAAUAGUCCAUUUUAUUUCAUUGCAAACGACAGCGACGGUGUUUUGUUGGCGUCGUUCUAAUAUAACAUGUCGCCCCUUUUACGCCUCGCUGCAGACUUGUGAGGUUGACAAGCUAACACGUCGACGUCAAUCAUAAUAAUUAUCAUGACAGGUGUUAAAAUGUAUCAAAAAUCGACUUAACGUGCUGAAAAUUUAAAACACUGCCGCCUGAACGCCCCGUUCACGACAAAGUGUUGCCAUUAUUAAACAAUCGUUUGAACGCAGCAUUUAAGCUAACGUACACCGGCCCUCCCGGCUUUCCGUCGAGGAAAUUGGGAACUCCAAGCGGCACCACAGCGUACCUGACGCGGGCAGACGAUAAAAAGGACCCGAGGCUCGUUCCUCUUAAAGUUGGCGUGGAGUUGUUGUCACGUUAUUGUUGCCGUCUGUCUGCCAUCAUUGCAGACGCUGACGGUCUCGCAUAGCUAGCAAGAGCCAUGGGAGUUUUUUCCGGGGGACAGAUUUUCACAAUAAAAGUAAUUGGGUGAAGAACGCCAAAAGUUUGUUUGGAAGUGUUUGUAAUGGCUGAUGAAAUGUAACAAAAAUACAUAAAAGUACAAUUGAUCAGCUUGAAAUGGAUUAAUUCAUUACGAGAGGGUAAAGACUCUCCGUGUUCGCUUUUCCGGUUUGACGUCUUCUGUCAAAAAGAUGGAUAUAAAAACUUACAAAUGCACAUUUAAAUUGUCUAUCAUCUCAAAGUCUGUAUGUCACAAUUUAUCAUAAUCUUUAUUUAUUUUAAUUUUUACUGUAAUAAAGUAGCGUUCCUUGAAGGCUCACGCGGAAGCGCCCAACCGUGACGUCAUCGCGUUGGUCUCGUGCUCAUUUUGUCAGCGUCACGUACUCUUUCGCCUGUCUUUGCUAUUAUUACUUUUUGUUGUUGCAACUUGCAAGCUUUCCGAACACUUCCAGCUGAAUGAAGAUGCUGUCACGUUUGCUGAAGGAGCACCAGGGGAAGCAAAACGAGCGGAAGGAGCAGCAGGAACGACGUCGGCGUGAAGCCAUUUCCGCAGCCACUUGCCUUACGGAAGCCCUGGUGGAUCAUCUCAACGUUGGCGUGGCCCAAGCGUACGUCAACCAGCGCAAGCUCGACCACGAGGUGAAAACGCUCCAAGUGCAGGCCGGUCAGUUUUCCAAGCAGACAGCACAGUGGAUCAGCAUGGUGGAGGGCUUCAAUCAGGCCCUGAAGGAAAUUGGCGACGUGGAGAACUGGGCCCGCAGCAUCGAAAUGGACAUGAGGACAAUCGCCACAGCUCUGGAGUAUGUGCACAAGGGUCAGCUUCAGUCAGCUCCCUCGUAGACGCUUCGGAAGAGGUGCGACAAUGCUAAGAAGAACCAUAAAACAACUCAAUAUGACGUAGCCGUGUCAGGCAAAAAAGUGUGACUUGUGAAUUGGCAGGCUGCUUUGUCACACUUCUGUAUCAGUACGACAUCUGUCAGCUUCUUUACAAAGUAGACGUUAGCACUGCUGAAACAUCGGAUGAUGGAUUUCUAUCAGAGCGUUAUGACGAGGAACAUGUUUGUCUGUGCAAGACAGCGCCAUCUCUAGAAUCAUGCAUGUCAGUAUUAAUGUUUAAUAUCUGUGAAGGAUAUGUGCUAUGAUGUCAGGUUUGAUUUAUUUGUUUUUAAUAAAGAGAUCAAAAUUAAGUGAAAUGUUUGG